AUGGCAAGUGAGCACUACGUAGAGGCCGACUACGAGGAGCUCGCUAAACAUUUACUAGACGAUGAAAGCGGCCUGGUUUCGUUCGAAGGAAUGGACGAUUUUUACACCAACAACAACAGGCUUACUACUUCGAAAUGGUUUGAACUGAAAGUACAAUCGCUAUUACAACUGAAGAUCCGUACGGAUUUGGACGACAAUCUCUGGUCGCUUCAAACGUACCCCUUGGCUGAUACUCGGAUCGAGAUCCCCGAGUACUAUUUUGAACCAGAAAGAAGAUACAGCCGUCCGCCUAUCCAGCCGUUUGAUCCUCGGUUCACGUUGGGUAUUUAUAUUCAUCACAUCCAGCAACAAUUGGAUCGGGACCCCCAUGGAAUCGUCAAGCUCCCGUUCCAUUGGUACGACUGGUUAGACAUGUCAGUUUUGAACAAGUAUCUUUUGUCGAUCCCCGGCGAACGUCCGGACUGCUCAAUGUUUGACUCCCGUGUAGCCGAAGAGGAACACGAACGUAAGAAGUACAAGAAGGACCACAACGGUAAGGACGAAUGGGAUAAGUCGAAGCAUCGGUACUCUGCCAAAAACACGUGGGAGUUUUGUGUGGAUAGUCGGAACGGGUCCCUUAUUGAUGACGGGUUCAACGAGUUCAAGUUGCCCUUUGGAAUUACCCGACAAACUGGGAAGGCGACUGAACCCCUUCGUCAAAUCUUGGGCAAAGCUCAUUUGUUUUCCCACGGUCUUAUCCCCAAUCGAAUUUUCUUCAUGACCAAAACAGGGUACUACAGCGUCACCAUCGAGGGGAAGAAGAAGCUUUUGGAGUCAGGGAUGGUUGAUGAUUAUUUGCGGUAUAAUGAAGGGUAUAUUGAUACUCUGGAGGGAUUUCAAAAGUUACUUAAACUGCAUCCUCCAAAGGAAGAUGAAGUGCUUAAUAAUUAUACCUUGACCAUCCCUCCAGAACGGUUCGAGUUCAACACCAAGGAGAUCAUUCAUGAUUUGGACCAUAAAUAUCUAAAGACAAAGGAUGAACAUGACUAUGCUCUUGCGUUACAUUGGGGGACAUCGUUCGGUACAAGCCCUCCAAAGCAUUUCAAUGAAGCCAGCAUGGUUCAUACAACCUUGGGUGAUCAUUACGACUGGAGAUUCUUUACAGCUAUCCGGUACCAUGAUCCAGAACAGACUUUAAAUUUGCAUCGUUUGAUCCGUGUAUGGCUUUCAUUCACUCGUAAGAUCGGAGUGGCCACAUGGAUUGCUCAUGGAUCUCUUUUAAGUUGGUAUUGGAACGGUAUGGCAUUUCCCUGGGAUAACGAUAUCGAUGUCCAAAUGCCUAUUAUGGAUUUGCAUAAGUUAUCUCUUCAUUUCAACAACUCCAUUGUGGUGGAAGAUUUGGAAGAAGGAUACGGUCGUUACUAUUUGGAUUGUGGUGCUUUCAUCGGUCUUCGGGUUCAAGGAAACUCCAACAACAAUAUUGAUGCUCGUUUUAUUGAUGUUGAUACUGGACUUUAUAUUGACAUUACCGGCUUGGCAGUUUCCGAUACCAAGAGACCUGAAAGAUACAACAAAAUGCCCUUACCAGAUACAUGGACAGACGAAGACAAGAACAACAAUUACAAGGUUAACAAACAAUUACAAUUGUAUAACUGUCGGAACAAUCAUUUCUCCAGUUUGGAUGACAUUUCUCCCAUGAUAAAGACUUAUGUUGAAGGUGAAGUUGCUUACAUUCCUCGCAACUAUACAUCUAUGCUUUCACAAGAGUACAAGCACGGUAUGGAUAAGACCAUCUAUUCCCAUUUCAUUUACAUCCCCAGUUUAAGAAUGUGGAUCCCCGAACGAGAUAUCAAAAAGUAUUUAGCGUCUCCUAAGCUUUGGGUUAAGUUUUAUAGUCAAAAUAAAGACUAUGUUAGUGGGAACACGAAUCAUACAGAAUAUGAUCAAUUGGUUGAAAGCUUUCAAAAAUUAAAGGUUGACGAAAGAGUUCGGGAAGAAGAUUUGGAUAAAAUUGAAGAUUUGACUGCCAAAAACUAUUUGGAAUUUAUUCAUGAAGAAGAUCUGUUUUUACGGUUCUUUAGUCUGCGUAAGUUCACCAGAUUCCAUGACAUUGAAAUGGCCAAGUUGGAGAAGAACAAUAGUGCUUAUGAAUUAUACGGAGAUAAGCUAUCUUAUGCGUUUGCUCCUAUAUUGCAUGAACCUACGCAGUACCAACAUCGUAAGGAGUACACACGGUUCAAUGAAGAGGUUGAGAGAUAUGGGCAAUUGGUGGAAGAAUAUAAAUAUAAUUCCAAGUAUGCCGUGAGUGGUCCGACUCAAAGAGUAAGUACACCUCAAGACAAGAAGGCUGAAGAAGAGAAGAAGAAGGCCGAAGAAGAGAAGAAGAAGGCCGAAGAAGAGAAGAAGAAGGCCGAAGAAGAGAAGAAGAAGGCCGAAGAAGAAAAGAAGAAGGCCGAAGAAGAGAAGAAGAAGGCCGAAGAAGAGAGGAAAGCUGAAGAAGAGAAGAAGGCCGAUGCAGAGCAUAAAGCUGAAGAACAACUUAAAGCUCAAGAAGACCGAAAGGCCGAAGAACAACGAAAAGUAGAUGAAUAA